AUGGCUGUGGCCCCGCUGGAUGCGACGAAAUCGACCGAAUCGCUGCGCCAGGCAGAGUCAGCGAACGCUUCGUUCCCUGGCCGCCGAAUGCAAACGUCCGCCACAACGUCGGAGAGCGGGUCGCCGCCUGGCCGUGUGCUGUUUGUCAAUGACCGGCAGGCCACAAGGGCUGCGAUGGCGAAGCUCGGCCUGUCGUAUGCUGGAAAUGUCGUUCGCACGUCCAAAUACUCUGUGCUGUCGUUCCUGCCCAAGAACCUCAUGGAGCAGUUCCGACGCGUCGCGAACUUUUACUUUCUCAUCAUUUCGUUGCUGCAACUGGCGACGCCGUAUUCGCCGACGAACCAGUACUCGACGGUUGGGCCUCUUGUGCUUGUGUUAGUAGCGACCAUGAUCAAGGAAGCUGUCGAAGACAAGGUGCGCCAUGACGCAGACAAGACGGUCAACCACGGCAAGACUCUGGUGUUUGUCGAGGCCUUGGGUGGCUACAGGGAAAUGUUGUGGCAAGAGCUGCAAGUUGGUGAUGUCGUCAAAGUGCUGGAUGGCGAGAGCUUUCCAGCCGACCUGGUGAUUCUCGAGACGAGCUUCAUGGACGGCCAAGCUCAAGUGGAGACGGCCAACUUGGACGGCGAGACCGAUUUAAAAAUUCGAACCCGCCCGGAUUGGAAAGUCGACUUGACGAGCGUCGGGAUGUUUCCGUCGAUGGUGACUGCUGAAAUUCGCUGCGAAGCACCCAACCGGCGCCUGUACACAUUUGACGGUGUGGUCAAGAUGAAGCAAGACGACCGACCUGUGUGGGAGGUGCCGCUCACGAUUUCGAAUGUCGUGUUGCGAGGGAUGAAGCUGACCCACACGGCGUAUGUGGAAGGCGUGGUGGUGGCGUCAGGGGCCGAAACGAAGCUCAUUCAAAACACGAAACAGUCGCCGUCCAAGUUUUCCCGUCUUGACGUGAUCGCGAAUCGAUGCAUCCUCGUCGUCUUCUCCGUGCUUUUCUUCGUUUGUUGCGUGUCGACGGCGUGGAGUACAUGGCGAAGCACUGUGUAUAACAAUCGACUCUCGAGCAAAGUGCACACUGCGUUUGGAACGACGACGAAUUGGAGCUACCUGUGGAACCAAGACAUCCUGUCGACCUUUAUCACGUUCCUGAUCUUGUACAAUAACUUGGUGCCUAUUUCUCUCUACAUCAGCCUCGAAGUCGUCAAGUGGUAUCAAGCAAAAAAGAUCGAAUCGGACCCCGAAAUGCUCGAUCCUGUCACCGCCAAGUCGGUUCAAGCGCGAACGUCCAACUUGAACGAAGACGUGGGCCAAAUCCGGUACCUCUUUAGCGAUAAGACAGGCACAAUCACGAAGAAUGAAAUGGUGCUGAAACUCAUCAGUGUCGGCCAUGUUGUGUACGAUAACAUUCCAGUGCGAGAGAAACGAGUGGACGGCGUUCACCGCGGAUCGUUUGCCCAAGGCGACAUCCAAGCCGACCGAAUAUCCACGCGGCUGCGCGCAUAUUCGGCGCACGUCAUGCCGUACAGCAUGUUGACGCAGCAUGGAACCUACCCCGACCACGGCGCGGGGUGCGAAGAGACGUCUGUCGUCGACGACAACUGCCCCCUGUCUCGAGGGAUGCUCGCUCAGGCGUUCUUUCGAUGCGUCUUGUUGUGCCACACCGCAACGUUAUCGUCACUGAACGAAAUCCGCGCGUCGUCGCCGGACGAAACAGCUCUCUUGCGUGGCGCGAUCGAGCUCAAUUGUUUGCUCAAAGGCCGCACGACGACGACGAUGGACAUUAGUUUAUUUGGGAAACCCGAAAGCUACGAAAUCCUGGCCUUGAACGAGUUCGACAGCACGCGCAAGUGCAUGUCGGUCAUCGUGCGGCAGCUCACGGCGCCGUACCGAGAGAGCAUCACGAAAGACGAUGUGCUGUGGGUGUUUUGCAAAGGCGCUGAUACGACCAUGAUGUCGCUGGGAAAUGCGACCACGCAGGGCUCGAAGCCUCAGACGAGGGACUCGAUCACGAGCCACUUGCACUACUUUGCAUCGAUGGGACUACGGACCCUAGUCUUUGGAUACAAGCGCAUCACGUUGGCCGAAUUCAUGGCGUGGUCUGCGGCCCACGCAAAAGCCAAGACGGCGCUGAUCGAUCGCGAGGGAAAACUGUUCGAAUGUGCCCGAUCCAUGGAAACACGAUUGACAUUGCUCGGGGCCACGGGCGUCGAGGAUCAGCUCCAGGAUGGCGUGACCGAAUGCAUUGAGACCCUCAGUGCCGCAGGGAUCAACAUUUGGAUGUUAACCGGCGACAAGGACGAGACGGCAAUUUCCAUCGCCAACUCGUGCGGUCUCCUCUCGGAUCAGUCGCAGCUCGUCGUGCUGAAUGAAACAACGCAGCAAGGGUGCAUGUACCAAAUGACGAGCAUCCGAAAGCAGCUUCGAAAACAAGGACUGUGGAAACCCGACGUACCAUCACGAGAAAUUGCGCUCGUCAUCAACGGCGACGCUCUCGAAUGCCUCUUGAACGAAUCGCGGUGCGAAAAAGACAACGAACCUGGGUCCACGAGUCGGUUCGCCGACACAAACAAUGAAAGCACCCAUUCGCUCUUUGGCGUCGACACGAAUCUUGUCCCGGGCCAUCGCGACUCGAGUUUUGCCCACACCCACCUGUCGGUCAAAGGCCUGCAAGAUCAACCAAACACCAACGAGAACGACGCAGCGCUGGCGCUCUUCAUGCAGCUCGUCACGCAGUGCUGCUCCGUCGUGGCGUGCCGACUGUCUCCGAUCCACAAAGCUCAGAUCAUUGCACUCAUCAAAGGCAGCAAAUCUCGACCCGUUACGAUGGCAGUGGGCGAUGGCGGGAACGACGUCAGCAUGAUCCAGGAAGCGCACAUUGGAGUGGGCAUUUUUGGGCACGAAGGCAUGCAAGCCGUGCGCAGUGCGGACUUUGCGAUCGGUCAAUUUCGGUUCUUGUCGCGGUUGAUUCUUGCCCAUGGCCGAUGGAACUACCGACGCGUGUCGAUCGUGAUUCUAUUUUCGUUUUACAAAAACAUGGCCCUCGUCAUGACGCUGUUCAUGUACUCGUUUGUGAACGGGUACUCGGGACAGACCAUGUACGAGUCGUACCUGAUUGUGGGCUGGAACGUGCUGUACACGUUGUUUCCGAUCCUCGUCCUUGGGAUCAUCGACGAAGAUAUUAGCUCCGACACCGUCCUCAAAUACCCCUUCAUCUUUCGCAACAACCAAAUGGGCCAAGAGCUGAAUUUGUCCAAAAUGCGCAUGUGGGUUGGCAAAGCGCUGUGGCAUUCGUUCUUGGUCUUCUUCCUCGGGACCUUCCUCACGUACAAUGUGUUCGGGUCGUACUCGAUGGCCGACUCGAGCAUUUUCCUUUAUGGCACGGCCAUGUACGGCAUUCUGGUCGUCACCGUGAGCCUCAAGGCGGCGCUUGUUAUGCAGCGCUUGCAUCGUUGGACAAGGUACCACUACAUGGCGAUCCUGGGCGGUCCGAUCUUGUACUUGGCGUUUGUGCUGGCGUACUCGGAGGCGUACGGGAUCUUGCGGAUUCAAACGUUCAACGACUUUUUUGGUCUCGGGAGCGUCGUAUUUGGCGGGACGGCGUUUUGGAUCACAAUUUGCCUUGUUGGGUUCACGUCGAUCGUGGCAGACGUAGUUGUGAUGUACAUUAGCCGCAUGUACUUGCCGACGAACCAAGACAUUAUUGAAGAGAUCGAUUCGCACUUGGACGACCCGACCGACGAAAUUCCCGUGCAUCCCAAGAGCGAGGACAUGACACAGCGCAAGAUUCAAUCCCCUGGUGUCGGCGCCAUUCGAAAGGACCUUGGAUUCCUCACCGAGCACGAAGAGUUGUGUCGGAAGCUCAUGCGGCUGGAGCGCGCUAUCUCGCGUGAAGUUGGUGUCCAUCGGCAAGAAUUGUUUGAUGUGGGCAUUUCGUCGACAUCUGAAAUUUCGUUGCAUCCGAUCACGGUCGAGUUUAUGGGUGAAGACCACGAGGUGCUCGAGGCGGGGUACAACAAAGUGUUUAUGGCACGCGAAGUGCGGCGAAUCCACGUCCUGGUCGCGAUGUUUCUCUUUUUGCUGCCGUUUUACGCCGUCGUCGAGUACUACUGGGAAAAGGACCGGACUCGUUACUGGACUCGAAUCGGGAUGUUCUGCGCCACGAUGAUGUACCUUGGGUUUUUGCACUCGCGUUUCUUUUUGUCGCAUUAUCAAUUGGGGAUCUUGGUGCCGAUGGCGAUCGGUGGCAUCGCAUUCACGCAAGCGAUCGCGUACACAGGUCUCCUCCUCGUCACAAUCUUUACGAUCCUGCUCUUCUCCGUCGUGCGGGUCAAGGUCGUGUACGCCAUUUGUCUGGCUGUGUUCAACUUGCUCUACUUUGACUUGUCGCCGCGGCUCGGGUUUCGCCAAGAUACGACGUCGAGCGAGACGACAGCGACCGAAGUCGUGCUCUUCCUCGUGUUUAUGAUGUUUCUCAUCGGGUGCUCGGCGUAUGGGUCGUACACGCUGCAAGUGUCGAUGCGGACCGACUUUGUCCAGAAUCGAAUCCUAGUCUACGAAGAGCGACGGAGUCGCGAGAUUUUGAGCAACAUGCUCCCGGAGCACAUUGUCCGGCGCAUGCAAAACGGAGAAAAGUUGAUUUCGGAGGAAGAAAAAGACGUGACGAUCCUGUUUUGUGACAUUGGCGACUUUUCAUCGCUCAUCAAGCGGUACUCUCCCACGGAAAUGGUCAAGCUCCUCGAUCGCAUCUACUCGUUGUUUGACGUGAUGUGCGCAAAACACGGAAUGCGCAAAAUGGAGACGGUCGGGAAAACGUACCUGGCGUGCGCGGGCCUUCAAGGCAGCGUAAAAGGGAAGGAAGCGGCGCUCCGAGCGGCGGGCGUUGCGCACGACAUGAUGGCCGCGAUUUCCAAAGUCAAAGCAAGCAAUGGAAAUGGUCUGAAAAUCCGCAUUGGCAUCCACAGCGGGCGUGUGAUCAGCGGCCUGGUCGGGAUGAAAAAGCAGCAGUUUUCGCUUUUUGGGGACACCAUCAACACGGCGUCGCGCAUGCAAAGCACAGGGGUCACGGGCCGGAUUCAAGUGUCGCAAGUUACGUACGACUAUUUGUGCCAAGACUUUCGGUUUGAGCCUCGAACGGUUGAGGCCAAGGGCAAAGGGACGUUGACUGCGUACUUGAUGGGCAAGUCCGCCACCGUCCUCGGCGAUCGAGCAUUGCGAGGUCAUUGGGAGCCGUACGUCGACACGAAAGCGAUGGCGUCGCCGCGAAGUGCCUCCCGCGGCGCCUUGGAGCUCAUGAUAAUGCACAACAUGCGAGAAUGGGUGCGGCGACUGUUUGCCCCGACAAAUCGCAUUCAAGUCGUGACGAGCAACUUGGACACGACCGAGAUGAGCAUGCCGAGUCGCAUGCGAAUUCAAGCGAUCAAGACAGAAAUGAACAUGGAAAUGGACCUCGUCUGGCUCUUCUUCCUCAAACCCGACUUGGAGCUCGCGUACCGCAAGACACGAUGCUUUAUUCGACUGAAUGGCGCGAGGCGGACGAUGAUCAUGCUCGCCAUAUACCUGGCCUACACGAUCCUUCGAGACCUCGUACACGACGCGAGCCUGGGCGACUACAACUUUCGCGUCAUUCACAGCAACGCGACCAUGUGUGACAACAAGUGCAAAUCGGCCAUCUACGCAUCGACGGCGAUUCGAGGGCUCUUGAUCAUGUUUGCUGGGUGGUUUGAGUUUUCCAACUUUCACCAUUCACGGUCGACGCGGCCGUGGCCGACAGAGGACGUCAAGGCGUUCAUUCAGCCCGUCCACGGCCCGCUCUUCAUGUACUACAUCGUGACAGCGGCGGUGCUCGUGACCCCCAACAUCUUUCGCUGGACAAACGAGCAACAGAGCAUCCUGUACUCGUACAUUUCGAUGGACGUGAUCAUGCCCAUGUUUCUCGUAUCGAGCGGCGGGUCCCUCCUCAGCAAGUUCACGUCGUACUAUAACAUGCUCCUCAUGGCCCUCAGCACGACUAUUUACAUCUACGCGUACCAGCAAUCGCUGCCCGACUACUCGAAAGUCGAAGGCCUCAAGGUGUACCCGACCGCGCUGACGCUGUUUGUGGGCCUCUUUAGCAUGAUGGCCCGCCGUGAUAUUGAGUUUUUCUGUCGCCGAAAGUACUGGUUCCAAACACGGGCGCAAAUGGAAACGAAGAAAGCGGAUCGAUUGCUGUACAAGAUGUUGCCGCAGUCCGUGGUAACCCAGCUCAAGGAAGGCGAGCUUGUGUGCGAUCAGCACCAUCAAGUGGGCAUUCUGUUUUCAGAUAUCAAGGGCUUCACGUCGAUUGCUGCCCGCGCCGACACGGACAAGGUCGUCCAUUUGCUCGACUCGCUCUUUUCUGCGUUCGACAUGCUCACGGAGAAGCACGGAGUGUUCAAAAUGCAAACGAUCGGCGACGCCUACGUGAUUGUGUCUGGCCUGCCGUAUGUCGACAUGAGUUCAAAGGAACUGAACAACUUGACCGAGCCCAACUCGGCCGAUCUCGUCUCGUUUCAAGACACCGCCCUCCACACCAUCCACCACAAGUCCGUCGCUAGUGGGAAUCAUGUCAAGCCCCACACCGAAUCCUUUCGCCCACUCGAGUCGCUGCCACCACGAUUGCACAUUCGUAACCUCAUUCGCAUGGCGACAGAUAUGCAACGGGAAGUGUCCAAAGUGAUGGACCCAAACAGCGGCGAACCGCUGCAAAUGCGCAUUGGCAUCCACAUAGGCAGCAUCAUUGCCGGUGUCAUUGGCACGUCGACGCUCCGGUACGACAUGUGGGGCCCGGACGUCCUCACGGCCAACGAAAUGGAGACCAAUGGUGUUCCCGGUCGCAUCCUCGUGUCGAGAUGGGUGAAGAAUGUGGCCGAGGACUGCCCUGAUCUCCGCUUCACAUUCCACAAGACAAUUGACUUUACCGGCAUCUCCAAAGUGGACACGUACAUCGCCGAGUUUGUCGAGGACAAAAUCGAGAAGCACAACCUUCCCCAUCACUUGGAGCCUAUCCCCGCGGACUCCAAGACAGCCCACGCUGAGCGAUUGUCGGACGGCUCGACGAAGCUCCCAUCCAAGCAGCGUCGAGGUGAAGCCAAUAUCGAAACAUAAAGGAACUCUUAAACCCAAUCGAAACUCCGACCAUCCA